CCCAUAAAUAUUCUGCAACAUGCCAACGCCACCAAGCUAAGAUUAGCUGAAAAAAAUUCGUUGACCAGAGAUUCAGAUCGGAAAAAAAUUUCGAAUGGGAGAAAUUUCCAAUUCCCAGAAGUAUGGAGUUCCCCUUUAUGGGGCCGGCUGGGUUCCACCGAGUGCUAUUAGAUCCAUUUUCUCCAAAGAAGACGCCGACUCCGGCGACGACUCAAAGGCGCCUCCGCCUGCCGCCGAAGAAAACCAUGUUGUCCUUGCCGGAGGAGGUGGAGAAGGAAGCAGCGGUAUACCUAAUGCUCUCCUAGUUGCAAAGUUCGAUUUUGAAGCCAAUUCUCUCUCCGAUCGACCUGUUGCGAGAUUGUCAACUGGAGAAGAUUUACCUUAUAGGAUUGCUGUUCACCCAGGAGGGGAAGGUGUGAUAUGUUCAUUGCCCAAAAGUUGCAGGUUGUAUGAAUGGGCUGCAGUUGAGAAGGCAGAUGACUCUACUUUAGAUCUUAGAUCGUCUGAGAGAGCUCUUGAGCAUUUGGAAGAUGUUGGUCAACAAUUAUCUCUGGCAUUUAAUAAUGAGGGUACAUUACUCGCCACUGGUGGUGAGGAUGGUAAAUUACGCAUUUUCCAGUGGCCAGCCAUGGAACUUACACUCAACGAAGCCAACGCGCAUGCUUCUGUAAAGGACUUACAUUUCAGCCCGGAUGGGAAGCUUCUGGUAUCUGUUGGAAGUGGACCUGCUAGGGUUUGGGAUGUCACUAACUCAAUUGCUAUAGCCGCUUUACAAAAGGAAAAUGAUGAGCAGUUUUGCUUUUGCAAGUUUUCUCCAGGCAGAGAUGGUAAUCAAGUUUUAUACAUCAUAGCAAUGAAAGAUCGGGGUGCUUGUAUUUUGAAGUGGAACACUACUACAUGGAGGAAGAUGAGCUCAAAACGCAUUGUCCGGGAUGCAGUUUCUGCUUUCGAUGUUUCCAUUGAUGGCAAACUCCUAGCAGUAGGAACAAUCGAAGGAAACAUUUGGGUUCUAAGUUCCAACAGCAUGAGUGUGCAAACUGUGGUAAAGAAGGCACAUCUAGGCCUUGUAACAGCAUUGAGGUUCUCAAAGGAUUCAAGAUAUUUGCUCUCUGCAUCCAUGGAUUCAAGUGCUAGGGUGACGCAAAUAAAGGAUGAGGAGAAAAAUGGUUUGAGGUUGUGGAUCAUUUUGUUAAUGAUAUUGCUUGCAAUAGCGGCAUAUUUUGUUAAAAACAAAGAAUUGCUGCCCCAGCAACUUGAUUUUGUGAAGAGAUUAUGACUGUUGGUGUACUAGAGAGUUGAAGUCUGUACAUGGAUGAAAUUUUGUAUGACUAGAUUACUGUUGGAAGGUAAUGCUUACAGAGAGGGUAUGAGAUGUUACAUUACCUAUGAUAGUCCGCAACGGCUUACUGUUAAACAGCGGCUUGCAACAGCCCUCGGCGGCUGGGAUUGACUUUUGAAAGAAUGUCUUGUGUACAAAUUCAACCAACCUAAAUUGAAAUUGUUAUUACGAAGUAAUUAGUAUAUCUUUUUGAUGUGGUUUAUAGUUUGCUAUGUAAUACUGCCUUGUUUGGGAAAAUAAAGUGAGGAAUGAUUAUUUAUUGAUUCUA